AAAAAAAAUACAAGAAGUACCAUCAGAUGAACCAUCUCAAGAUCCUACUGAUGAAAGUUCUACUGACAGUGAUGAUGAUAGUGAAGAGUCAGUUUACAAAGCAGAAGUAGAGCCUGUCAGUGAGGAUGAUGAUGAGGUGGAGGAAGAGGAGGAAGAGGAAGAAGUAAAGCCAAAGAAGAAACAGGCAAAGAAAGGGAAUUCAGUGAAGCCAAAGGCUGAAAAGGGGGAGCAAAAGAUGGUACUGUAUGAUGAAGGAAAGAUUGAAGGUAGGAAAAAAAGAAAAUGAAAACUGAAAUUGUUCAAGCAAUGGAAACUGAUGAAGUUGAGGAAAUACAGGAAGAUGAAUUUGAGGAAGAGAAAUCUUCAAAGAGAAGAGGACAUGUGAAGUUCAUUGCAUGGAUAAAAAAGAUGACACCUACCCAAAAACAACAAGUUGUUGAUAUAGGGUUAGGAUCACUUCUUGACAUUAGUUUACCUCAACUUGAUCAAAAGUUCUGUAAUUGGUUAUUGGGAAGUUUUGAAGAGAAUAGCCAGUGUUUUGAACUACCAAAGAAUGAAAAAAUAGAAAUUGAGGUAGAGGAUGUGAGGGUAGUUUAUGGCUUGCCUACAGGAGAAAUUCCAACUGUUGAGCCAAAGUCUGAUAAAAUUAGUGAGGAGUAUGCAGAAUUUCUGAAGAAAUGGAGAAAAUCAUGGUCAGGAAAAACUCCAUCAGUGAGUCAGAUUGUGAAUGGAUACAUAAAUGAUAAAUUCACCAACAACAGACCACCAAGUGAACAUUUCAUUACUAACUUUUUAGCAGUGGCUGUGAACUGCAUGAUGAAAUGUGUAUCAAACAAUCAAUGCCAUUUCAAAUUUCUUUAUUCUAUAAUGGACAGAAAAAAUAAAAAAUUUGAAUUGUUGUUCUAUUUUUAUAGGGUUCAGAGGUUAGACAAAAGGCCUCCAAGAACAUUUCCUAUCAUAUCUGCAUGGAAUAAAGACAUGGUUCUUGAGAGGUUGAAGAUUGAAUUAGAAUUGGGAUUUGGGAGAGGAAAAAUUCUGCCAAGGAUUGCUGCAGAAGUUGAAGAAAGUCCCGAGGUUUUCAUGGAUGAUUUUGUUUCCCUUGUAAACACGACUUGUUCAAACGUGUCAAAGCUUUCUUCAAAAUUGGUGAAGACAAAGGACAUCUUCCCUGGAAAUGACUUGGUGAAAAAAGUUGAUGAAGUGUUAGGAAAGGUGGUAGCUAGGGAACCAUCAAUUCUAAGCCAAGAUGAAGAAUUCUUUGGCAGUGAGGAUUUCCUAAAUGCACUUGCACAAGCUGAGAAGAAUCUGAUGCAAGGGUCUGAAAAGCAAACAACUGAGAAGCAAAUGACUGGGAAGAAAUUAACCAAAAAAGGAAAGGAAAAAGAACAAGAAUAUGACAUCAGAAAAGCUUUCAGCUUUGGGUUGACUCCACCUUCUCCAGCCAAUGGUAAAUUCUAA